UAGGUCUGCGCGUGUUUGUCAAUACCAAGUACGCAAAUUUCGGACUUGCAUCCUCGGUAGUUCGGACUUCACGAGUUCGACUCCGGAGUGUGAACUCCCGCGCGGGCGGGACGACGCAAGUCCGGUAAUUCUGCAAAGCAGCGUACUUGAUAACAUCGAGACAUCAGAGCCAGCGGCAAAUGUCAGAAGGAUUAGCCGAGGCAUGCGUCGUGGAGACUGGUUGCCAUGGCCUGGUGAGGCUCAGAGACGAGACGAGAGGAGGGCCGAAGCCAGACUGGCUGAGGGUCUGCAGAGACUCGACCAGGCUAAACAUUACCACCUCAACACACUGACCAGAGAACAGUGCAGACUUCACCGAGACCUCAUCUCCAUCAAAACAGGUAAUCCCUGGAAAAGAGGACUCCACAGUUUGGGACUACGACCCUCUAACCAUGAUGCUGGUCAUCCUGCUGCAUCUUACAAGAGGACCCUGUUACCCAUCAUCCCAACGGCAGGAAAGGAGGCAGACAGUCACAGGUCCUCUUCGCUGCAGGCUCGUGUUCAGGAGUUUAUGAGCAGUGGGGAGAAAAGGGCAGAACACUCCUCUGAGACGCUCUGUCUGCCAGACCUAAAACGGCAGCCUGUCACCUCUCUCACCGCCAUGAGCACAAAUACAGAAAGAGAGGAGAGCCAGGAGAGAGAUAUGGAUGGAGAACAGGACAGAGACAGAGGGGCCCACAUGAACAUAGUGAGGGACAGAGAAAAAGACAGCCAGAAAGACAGGGAAUGGAUGCUGUUAAGGGAACGAGACAAAGAUAAUUGAAAGAGGAACUGAGAUAAAUAGGAAUAGGUUUCCAUCCUCUCCUGUUUUAUUCCCCUCUGAGAUGCUGGCUCCGGAUGGACAUUUAAGAACAGUUCACACGCUACCAAUCUUUGCCCAGGCACUG